AUGGUCGAAGUAGCUGCAGUAAAUGAGAUAAUCAUAGAUAUCUGGCAAAGUGUAAGUUGGUGUAAAUUUAAGCUAACGUAGACAGUUCGUUUAGAUGUUACGUGUUCUUCCUCCUUCACAUCCGCUGGCAGUCAAUGUCCAAGAUACCUGGUUAACUGUGCUCAUACCUAUCUACAGAUAAAGAAAUGUUUCGAAAAGUAAGAUGAGAGAAAUUAUUUAAUUGCGAUCCUACUUUUUUUUACCUUUGUUUUAGUUUAUUCCUCUGCAACAAUAGCGUUCGUAGCCUAUUCAGUAUAUAAUUCGCUACUAUAAUGUAAGUUUUAAUAUAUACUCUUAUAAUAUACCUAUAUAUAAUAUAAUAUAUAACUUAUAUUAUAUUAUAACCUAUAUAUACUAUAUGUUAUAAUAUAACCUAUAUUAUAUUCUAACCUAUAUAUAUUAUAUUAUAACCUAUAAUAUAAGUAUUAUAUCAUAAUAUAUAUUAUAACCUAUAAUAGGUUAUAAUAUAAGUAUUAUAUCAUAAUAUAAUAGGUUAUAUUAUAACUUAUAAUAUAAUUAUAUAAUUAUAUAAUUAUAUAAUAUAACUUAUAAUAUAAUAUAAUUAUAACCUAUAUAUAGCUAUUCGCUACUAUAAUAUAGGUUAUAAUAUAAUAUAAUGUAUAAUAUAAUAUAUAAUCUAUAGUAUACCUAUAGUAUAACAUAGGUUAUAAUAUAACAUAUAUUAUAUUAUAAUCUAUACAUAUUAUAUUAUAACCUAUAAUAGGUUAUAAUGUAAGUAUUAUAUCAUAAUAUAAUAAGUUAUAUUAUAACUUAUAAUAUAAUUAUAACCUAUAUAUAGCUAUUCCUUACUAUAAUAUACGUUAUAAUAUAUAAUCUAUAGUAUACCUAUAGUAUAACAUAGGUUAUAAUAUAACCUAUAUUAUAUUAUAACCUAUAAUAGGUUAUAAGUAUUAUAUCAUAAUAUAAUAGUUUAUAUUAUAACUCAUAAUAUAAUUAUAACCCUUAUAUUAACCUAUAGGUUACAUUUAUAUAGGAAUAUUUAUAUAGGUUAUAUUAAUUAUAACCUAUAUUACAUUAUAACCUAUAUAGGUAUAUAAUAUUCUAUUGUAACUUAUAUAGGUAUAAUAACCUAUAUAAGCAAAAGUAUAAUAUGAUAUAGAUUAUACCAAUCGAAUAGAAUUUCCCAACAUUUUAAGUAGCAAUAUUCUUAUCCUCCAAAGACUGCAAAGUGCACAAAGACCUUUGAACGUUAUUCGUGUGCAUCGGCAAAUAGGAAAUUGGACAGAACACAGAGAAAGGCAUCUAAACUUGGACAAGCUUAACUUACUCAGCCAUGAACGCGCUGCCGUUUUCGAAUUCUUUGCUGACACGCGGAGAAAGAGAAAGAGAAAGAGAGAGAGAGAGAGAAGGAAAAAGAAAAUUACAGCAACAUUGCAGCCGUUAAAUUGACUAGAAACGCGGCAGGCCAGAAAAUACGAGGCAGAUGAAUUGCAGUUCUGUCGAUCUAAUUUGAUACUUUUCAUCGCCCUGCCGUUUCUACGUAAAUUAGCUCGAGAAAGCAGUAAAUCAUUCGGAGUAAACCAAUCUUCAUCUUUUAUCAGAGUGGAGAUUCUAAACAGAAUCUUUCGUUGCGUUGCGUUUCACGUGAUUAAAAGAUGUGACUCUGAUGUACCGUUUAAAUUACAGGCACAUUAUCUCCUAGAUAAGAAGAAGAAACGAGCUAGAAAGAAAAAAAAAUUCCAAUUUAAUUGAUUUGAAAGAGAGGAAUGACCUCACGGUCAUUAACUGAUAUCUACAGCCGUAAUUCUUCAAAUUAUAUCGCACCGGUGAGUCAUUGGUACUUACUUGUUGCCAGUGAAGCGAAACCCAUUAAAGAUCGAACAGUAGAAUCACAUGUCACUAUCUCGGAAAGCACGCAACAGAUCGUUAUCUCGGUAGGCUCAUUGUCAGACUGUUUCUACGAUAGUACAACAGAAUUGCACCAGCACACUCCAAAGUGUAGUGGUGAUUUAAUGGGACUAGCGGUAUCUGAUAAUUCCUCGUGGACUUUGAAGAUACGAUGAAUUAUCGUAGGUGUGGCAAUGCAAUCAAAUUCGCGGAAAAUCGCCAUUUUUACGACAAUAUCCAACGUAAUCAAGAUGGAUGGGCUUUCACCAUGCACCAAGGAAUAAAAUUAGUUCCGUGCGCCGCGUGAAACAGGCGAAAGAUCAAAGGGGUUGAGCAAUCUAAAUGAUCGGAAUCCGUGGCAAGUGUAGCUGGCCACUAUUGUUGCGAUCUUGCAGAGCAAGUGAAAGGUCGUGUCUUUAAGGAAGAGCUCGGGAGUACAGGCGGCCAGAAUAGCAGCAGGUUUCGUCCGAGAAAUUCUAUUAUUAUCUAAAGUUAAAGUCUAACUAUCGGCAUCGCGAGAUACCGGCUUUUAUUUGCCGAAUACGAUAUCCUCGUUCUCAGGAGUAUUUCACAGUAUACGUCCGUCGCGUAUUGAAUUCCUUCGAAGGUUCCUUAAUCCCCCGACUUGCAAUAUCGACGCGGCAGAUUUCACGAACGUUACAAAUAUUUUUAGAGAACGUACGUUUCGAGAGGCGUCGCGGUUCGCCCGGGCCAGAUGUGACUUCUCUAUUUUAGUGGUAGCCCCUUAAACUCUUUAGUUUCCUUACCAACCCCUUCUCAACUCGAAAUAACUUCAAACCUCAAGGCGAAAACUGAGGAAGAAGAAACAGAAGAUUAUUAGACCGCGGCAAGGCAGAAAUGUGCUUUCCAAAAAAAAAAAAAAAAAA